AUGGGUCGAGGAGGUCGCGGUGGCGGCCAUGCCCCCUUUCGUCGGCCUGUCGACUUGACCGGCAUCAUUUCCGCCGCUGAGAGAAACGACUUGAUCACUCUGGCUAAUGCCAUCACGGAAAAGAUGCACAGCGACAUUAGCCGUGUUUUCGACUCCCCUAAAGUGAGCACCGUUGACGACAAUGGCGAAAAAAACCCCUUCCAGUCAAUUCUUGUCGUCUUCCGUCGACAUGAAGGCAACACGUCCGACAACCUGGGAGUCGCUGAACAGUCCCCUGCUAUCCCUGGCGGCGAUGGAUCCAAGACGUAUAGCAAAGUGCAUGAGAUUGUCGAAAAGGAGGAGAAACAGGCCAUGACACCUCAGCUGGGCGAGCUCAGAAGAGAGGCCCUUAUGUUCUUUCGCAAGUGGCAGCAUGUGAUCACUCAGAGAAUCCGGGAGAUCGCCGUCACCGAGCCCACCGGCCACAUGCCGGGCGGCGGCACUCGUGGCCGUGGUGGCCGUGGCUCUCGAGGUGGUGGCCGCGCCCGCGGUGCGCGAGGUGGUGCUGGUCUGGGUCGUGGAGGUCUGACCCUGGCACUUGGCCCGCCCCGUGUCCCUGUAAACCAGAUGGACCGUGAGCUGGCCGCAGCAUUCCCGCCGAUUCCUACCACUCUGUGGACACUUCACGUGGAAAAGCGAAAGCUUCUUCUGCAUGUGGUCCUCUUGCUUGUCCUGUCGCUCCAGGACUACAAUGCCAACGCACGAGUCUUUCUUCUCAACCUUACAUCUGCCCUCAAUCUUUCCUUGGCCAUCUAUCAUGGUGAAGAGCUUCGAAUCUCUCAGGCCUUGGCAAAACUUGCUCUCGAAUAUGCUCCCCGGGACGAAGCCGGUCAAAGGGUCGAAGAACAGAAAGGCCCAAAGCGAUGGAAGGUCGGAUUCACUUCUCCGAGUCCCAACUCUACUAUUGCUUCUGCGCUCAAGGCAGAAGGCAUCGGAACCAUCAACGACGGGCUGACCCUGAGCGUCGCCACCAUUGCAGGGCUUCUUGGGCCCUUGGGAGAGUAUGGGCACUUACUGGGUAACAUGUUUGGCAUCAACGCUGUUCGGCCCACUAGCAAGCUGCUGGAGGCAUGCGGCAAGGACGUGUCCGAUUUUGCCUUCCUCCGCUUGCACGACCCAGCCAACUCCGAAUACCGAGACAUGAAGGAGACUCCAGCGGCCGGUCGCCGUCUUCGUGUGGUCUUGGCCAUGAGCGGAUGCUAUUCCGAGACUGAAGACCUGGUUAGACCCUGGCGUUUUCUUGGCCAGCAAACCGAGAGCUAUGCGGUCAGAUGGGACGUGACGUCUCUCACAAACCUCGGGAGCGCCGUCGAGACAGUCAUCAAGAGCACCGCUUGGGCAAAUGCAGCCAAGGAGAUCAGAUCGCGAUCCCUCUUCGCCAGUCUCCUGCACAAUUCGUGGCCCGUCGCUCUACUCAAAGUGAGCAAGAUCAUUGAUAAUCCGUGGAACUGGGGGAUGGUUCGAGCCGAGAAAGUGGGCGCUUUGCUCGCGGACGCUCUUGUGCGACACAAGUUUCAGGGCGAGAGAUCGGUCUCUCUCAUAGGAUACAGCCUUGCAGCUCGAGCGAUCUACACCUGCCUGAUGGUGCUGGCCGAACGCCGCCAGUUCGGCUUGAUCGACUCGGUAGUUCUCAUUGGAACUCCAGCACCGUCCGAGAGCCGGGUUUGGCUGACGCUGAAGAGCGUUGUGUCUGGCAGGCUGGUCAACGUUUACUCGGAGCACGACUACAUGCUGGGUUUCCUCUAUCGCACCUCGAAUGUCCACUUCGGAGUGGCGGGACUGCAGGAGAUUCAGGGCGCCAACGGCGUCGAAAAUCACUGCGUCAAAUACCUGCCCCGAGGACACUUGGGCUACCAGGUCCUUACUGGUCAGAUUCUGAAGGACAUUGGCUGGGACUCUCUGGAUGUGGAUGCUGUCAAGGCUGAUGUGGCCCAGCAUAGGGGUUCGGGACGUCGAGGCAGGGGCAGAGGCGGCCGAGCCUAA